AAGUUUUAAACGCAAGUGUAAUCAUCCAACAACAGACACUCUGAGUGUAGUAUUGCGCUUUCUCGUGAAUUUUAUUAUCAAUAUUGAAUGGUAAAUAAUUCAUAAUUAUCAGAAAACUGUUAUUAUAUUAUUGUGACUAAUAAUUGUAGAAAAGCUGUAGAUUCCAUGGCAUUUCCACUAAAUGACCAGGUCUACACAAAAUCCUUUACUCCCAGGGAGUAUGAGGUAGAGCUUCUUUAUGCAGCAAAAGAAAAGAAUAUAAUUGUCUGUUUGGGAAAAAAUUCCGAGCAAACCUUUCUUUCUAUAAAAUUGAUUCAAGAGUUUGCUACGAAUAAUAGAAGAUCAGUAAGUAAUGGUGGAAAACGGAUGAUAUAUAUAUUAAACGAUAAAGAGAAGUGUACAAUAAUAGGAACUUAUAUAAAGCAAUUAACAGAUCUGAAAGUAUUAGCAUGUGAUUCUACUGAUGUGCUUGAGGAAUUUGACAAAAGUUUUGAAAGUUCUUACGUAUUAGUCGGAACACCAAAAAUCUACGCACAACUAAUAUCGGAAAACAAACUUUUAUCGUGUCACAUAAAUCUAGUCAUAAUAGACGAGUGCCAUAAGUCUAUCGAAGAUAGCAAUCUAAAGUUUGUCCUGCAAACUUUUUUAUCGUGCAACAUUGUUCCUAGAAUAAUCGGGUUAGCGGUACCAGUGUUUAACUUGACACAAGAACCUGGAAGAUUGGGCUUAGAGAUAGAAAAAGUAGAGGCUGCCUUCCAAUGUCAAGUAGAAACUGCUAAUGAUAUUCUUUCAAUAAUACGUUAUAGCCCAAAACCAAGAGAGUACGUUGUGGAGUAUGAUAGGGGAGAAAAGAAAGACUUGUAUAAUACGCUUAAAAGUUGCGUGUUACAUGCCAUUGAUUUUUUACGCGAUCAUCGGUAUGAUCCAAUGGAGAUUUAUACCGAAGAAUUUUAUGAGGACAUUCAGAAAAUUCCCGACCCUAUACAAAAACCCUUUGAGAUGAUGCAAGAUUUUUUGCACAUAUUAGAAACUCUUGGACCAUGGUGUGCGGAUCGCGCUGCUCUUACAUUACUAUUCUUAACAGAAAAAUUGAAAAUCAAAACCCCUUACGAGAGGCAUUAUCUUCUAUUAAAUAUGAUGACAUCUGUUUUUAUAAAAAUUCGUGCCCUUUGUGAUAAUGAAUUUCAACAUUUAUCUGAGAAAGAAAGAAUAUAUCAAUAUAGUACUCCAAAAGUUCAUCGACUGUUGCAAAUAUUAAAAAUUUAUACUCCUUUUUAUACUAGUAAAGAGACUAACACUCCAGAGAAAAAGACAAGUGCUGAUGUUAAUUCCAAGAAUUGCGUCACAAAAAGUGACAAAAAUAUUUCUUUCUCGAGAACUCAGGAAAAACCCGUGCAGUUGAAAAAGUUUGGAGGUAAUUGGAAAUCUAACGAUGACAAUUACAAAAAGACGUUUAAAUUGCAACGUUACUCCUGUAGUGGUACAGACCCUGAUCUGCUGUGUGGAGUAAUUUUUGUGGAUAAAGGAUUUACAGCUAAAGUUUUAUUUUAUUUAUUAAGCGAAAUAUGUAAACAUGAUGAAGAUUUGCACUUUCUAUCACCCCUUUAUACAAUUGAAAGAAAUACUGAUGAUGUUGGUUAUUCGAGAGAUUUAGAAAUGGAGCAUAGAAAACAAGAAGAAGUUUUAAAACGAUUUAGAAUUCAUGAAUGCAACUUGUUGAUUGCAACUUCAAUCUUGGAAGAAGGCAUUGAUAUUCCAAAAUGCAAUUUUGUGAUGAGAUACGAUUUUCCAAAGAAUUAUCAGUCAUACAUACAGUGCAAGAGUAGAGCAAGAGCCAUGGAUGCUUUGCAUGUAUUAUUGGUACCACAAGAAUCAUCUAAAGAAUUUAUAUGGCAGUUGGCUCAAUAUCAAUAUAUAGAAAAGGUAUAACUUAUAAAAUUCAAUUUUAUAAUCUAUUUUUAGUAAAAUUUCAGUGUCUCGUAAGACUCCUGUUAUAUCAAAUGCCUGCAAAUUCAGAUACUUUAAGCAAGAAAAUAUACGAUUUUUUUCUUGCUAUAAUAUGUAUCC